AUGUUCCAGGAUCUCGGAGAUUUCAACAGCUCAAAGUUUCAGGUCUCUGCGUUCAUUCUGUUGGGAUUCCCAGGCAUUCACAGCUGGCAGCACUGGCUCUCCCUGCCCCUGGCUCUGCUCUACCUCUUAGCUCUCAGUGCCAACAUCCUUAUCUUGAUCAUCAUUAAUCAGGAGGCAACACUGCAUCAGCCUAUGUAUUAUUUCCUGGGCAUCCUGGCUGUGGUUGACAUGGGCCUGGCCACCACCAUCAUGCCCAAGAUUUUGACCAUCCUGUGGUUCAGUGCAAAGACCAUCAGUCUCCCUGAAUGCUUUGUGCAGAUGUAUGCCAUACACAGUUUUGUAGGAAUGGAAUCAGGCAUUUUUGUCUGCAUGGCUAUAGAUAGGUAUGUGGCAAUUUGUCAACCACUAUCUUAUUCAUCAAUAAUUACUAAAUCUUUUGUGGUCAAAGCUACUGUAUUCAUGGCACUCAGAAACAGCCUGACUACCAUCCCAGUCCCUGUGUUGGCUGCUCAGAGACACUAUUGCUCAAAAAACCAAAUUGAGCACUGUCUGUGCUCGAAUCUUGGAGUCACUAGUCUAUCCUGUGAUGACAGGACAAUCAACAGUGUUUACCAGCUACUUUUGGCCUGGACACUCAUGGGGAGUGACUUGGGUUUGAUUCUUGUAUCCUAUGCUUUGAUACUUCACUCUGUACUGAAACUGAACUCAUUGGAAGCUACCUCCAAGGCCCUGAGUACCUGCACUUCCCACCUCAUCCUAAUCCUGUUUUUCUACACAGUCAUUAUUGUCAUUUCUAUCACCCACAGUGCAACAAUGACAUUUCCCCUCAUCCCAGUUCUACUCAAUGUACUCCACAACGUCAUUCCUCCUGCCCUCAAUCCUAUGGUCUAUGCACUCAAGAAUAAGGAGCUCAGACAGGGCUUAUGUAAGCUCCUUAAGCUGGACUUCAAAGGCAAUUGA